CGAGCAGCAACUGGACAGUGGACAGCGACUGCAACCGGUCUUCGCCUGCAAAGAACGUUAUUUCAACGAGAACAAAAAUGCACUUUAGUACCAAAGCUUAUUAUAAUAUUAUUCUGUGUUCAUAGUACAAAUUAUUAUUAUAUUAUUAUUUGUAUCUUAUUAUUGUUAUAAGAUUGCAGAGAUGCUCUACAAACAAGGUACCAAAAAGUUAUUGCAGACAUUGCAGCCGUCUGGCGUCGACAAAGAAAAUUUAGUUGGAACUGGCAGAUUUCAUAAACACAAUUCUGAUCCUAAAAUAUUGAAGCCACAAUUUAAGACUGAAGUAGAUGUUAAAUCCAAUGAAAAUAAGUCUAUAGUUGCAAAAGUAAAUCCAUCUCUCUACAAGAAGUUAAUUAUUGAAGAUCUCACUAGCGUUGUUGGUCCUAGUGAAAAAUAUUGGGAGGUUACUGCAGAACAUCGUAGGAAGGCUUUGGAAGAAGUGCUUGAACAAAAUCGUAAAUUACUUACCAUAGUCAUGGCAUUGGAAAAAGAAAAUGCAUCUUGUAAAAAAUUACUCGAACAAACAACUGAUCUCGUUAACACAUUAAAGGAAGUACUAAAUGAAGAAUAUCAUAAAUCAACUGAAGAUUAUGUCGAUGAUGACAUUUCAUCAAUCACCUCAAAUCAAAUUAACAGCAACGAGGAUUUUUCCGGCAGUGAAUCUGAAUAAAUUAUUUUUAAAUUUAACAAUUAAUUCAUUUUUUCUAAUUAUUAAAUUGAUUUUUUUUUUGUUUCUACCAAGUAUUAUAUUAUUUUGUAUUAAAUUUAAUCAUAUCAAUAUUUUUUUUAAGUAAAUAUCCAUUUUUAACUUUGAUUUUUUAACAAUUUUUGUGUUAUAUAUAUAUGAAAAUGAAAAUAAUUAUGAUCUGUUAAUCUAUACAUUUUGACUAAAUUGAUUUACAAUAAAUUUUAUACAUAUUGAAACAAUAAACUAAUUUGUAAGUAAUUAAAGGAA